CAUGGAGAAGUUUCGGGCGGUGCUGGACCUGCUCCUCAAGCACCGCAAUGCGCUGGGUUACGGCCUGGUGAGCCUGCUGACGGCGGGCGGGGAGCGCGUCUUCUCCACCGCGGUGUUCCAGUGCCCGUGCAGCGCCGCCUGGAACCUGCCCUACGGCCUGGUCUUCCUGCUGGUGCCGGCGCUGGCGCUCUUCCUCCUGGGCUACGUGCUGAGCGCGCGCACCUGGCGCCUGCUCACCGGCUGCUGCGCGCCGGGCGCGCGCAUUGACUGCGGCGCAGCGCUGCGCGGGGCCCUGGUGUGCGCGCAGCUCAGCGCUGUCGCUGCGGUCGCGCCGCUCACCUGGGUGGCCGUGGCGCUGCUCGGGGGCUCCUUCUACGAGUGCGCCGCCAGCGGGAGCGCCUUCGUGGCGCGGCGCCUGUGCUUCGGCCGCAGCCCCGGCUGCGCGGCCCAGCUGCCGCUGGUGCCCUGCCAUCAGGUCCAGGCGCCCGACGUGCAGGACCUGCAGAAGGAGCUCAAGGCCCAGUCGCAGGUGUUGGGCUGGGCCCUGAUAGCAGUUGUUAUCAUUGUCCUCCUGAGUUUUACAUCCAUCACCCGAUGCCUAUCUCCAGUUAGCUUCCUGCAGCUGAAAUUUUGGAAAAUCUAUCUGGAACAGGAGCAGCGGAUCCUUAAAAGUCAAGCCACAGAACACGCAACCGAACUGGCAAAAGAAAAUAUCAAGUGUUUCUUUGAGUGUUCACAUCCAAAGGAAUACAACACUCCAAGCAUAAAAGACUGGCAGCAAAUUUCAUCACUAUAUACUUUCAAUCCAAAGGAACAGUACUACAGCAUUUUGCACAAAUAUGUGAACAGAAAAGAGAAGAAUCGAAGUAUCAGAUCUUCCAAAGAAGAUGCAGUGGUUCCUGUUCUUGGCUUUGUAGAUUCAUCUGAUAUCAACAGCACUCCAGACGUAUGACCUUAUGAAUAGGAAAAAAGUUCUUUUGAGUUAUUGAUUCAUUAACAAAAUUAAACAUUGGUAUUGUUUAUGACUUUUUUUUUUUUUGGUCUUCCAAAUUAUGGAAACAUAGCAUAUUAAAUCAAAUAAAAAUUUAGAA